UAAUAUUCACAAUUUUGCUUUCUUCGUAAUCUCAGCAUCGUCGUUUUCUAAAUUAUUAUGAAACUGUUUGUUUCGAGAUUUUGUUCUUCGUUUUCUUGCCAUCUUGCUGUUUCCUUCAAUGUUCGUCAACGAACCGGGAGCUGGUGAUUGUGGUCGAAUCUCAUGAGAGUAAUUGCCUUGUGUUAUAACAUUUCUACAACCUGCUGGUGGGAGCUUCACUAUUGUCGACCGAGUAUUGCCACAGUGUGAAUGAUUCAUUAACGAGGUGGUAUUUUUGUAAUUCUUUUUGUUUGUCUUGUUUCAAUACUGUAUAAACUUGCUUGAGAAGAUGGUGGUGAAUUUGUUUCCGGUGUUGGGAUAGACUUUUUCGUUCGAAUAUCGUCGUAUGGAGUAGGUGGUCGCUCACAGUUUCUUUUGAAUGCAAUCAAAGAUGGAUGACUUGGUUCUUUCAAUAUUUGUGGUCGUCCAAAAUCAACUAACGGUGCUAAAAUUAUCUUGGUUUUUGAGCUCUUCUUGGAUCCUUGUGGUGAAUUUUUGUUUUUCGGGAUUUUUUUCAUUUUUUGGAGCUUCUAACCUGAACGACGGAGAGUUGUCCAGCUUUUUCUGUAUAUUUUAGUAAACUGUUAUGGCAACUCGUAAAAUAUUCAAAAACAAAAAUGUCUGUUAAUUAUGUUGACGUCAUAAUGAUGAGGACUCUGGUGGAUAAUGAGGGUUUUAAAGAGAAACAUGUAAAAAACAAUGUUUUACACGUUUUAUUUGUAACGUUCGUUUAUUUUUAAACGUUUAACGUUUUAUUGUAAAAAUUUGCAAGAAAAAUCUUCGAAUACAAGCAAAUGUGUCGACGAGUCAGGAAAAAACAACAGUUGACGUGUGGGUGUAUUAAACAAUCACAAACACUGCGUUAUUGAUAAUUUUUUCAAUAUACUGUAGCAUCCUUAGAAUUACAGAUCUUCAAGAGUAUUUUACAAUCUUGAAUGUCGAUAUAUAAGUUUAUUCCUAGAGUGAAUCGUUGCUCUUAUUACAUAUUGUUUCUGCAUUUUUUACACUUGCACUCCAGGAUAAAUUGAACUAUUUUAUCCACUUUAGUUCCAUCCUUACAAUUGAGCUGAACUUUCUGCCAAGUUGUCUUUGAUGCAACACAUCUUUCGCAAUGGCUUAAACGAAUGACUGAAUUUCUUGGCAUGACGUCAGAAAUUGACGUGCGCAUGCUCAGUAAGCUACAAUGAUCAAAAACACCUACCACGCCAACGAGUUUCAUGCAAGAAGGAAACUGUUUUUCUUGAUCGUUCUGGAAAUACACUCAAGAGUUGUAUCGAAGAUAAUUAAGGAAAUAGACGGAAUGAAUGACAAGGCGUCGUUAAGUCCUCCGUAAAAGAAGCGGAUAUUUAAUGUUAUUUUAUAACAUCGUCAUAAUGACGGAGUGAUAUUACGUUAGGUUGACGGAAUUUUAUAUGGUGUUGUCCAAUCUGUACUAAUUGCCUGUAUUGGACCAGUAGUGAAGAAAGAAGAGAAUAUCUAUCAUAACAGACAGAUUUCUCGAGAAAUUUCGAAAUAUGCUGCUCUCAUUUUUUCUCAUCGUGACCUUCCUGAGAACUCCAGGUUGAGCUGUGAUUUGGGAACAAUGAAAAUACUUUAUUGUUCUCGGAAGAUCAUUAAAUCGUCGGUUAAGAAGAAAUUGCUAGUCUUUUUCAUUACUUCUGGAAUAAAAUUACAUGUUUUAAAUUUCUGUGCUUUCUACAAACAUCUACUUGUAUCGAUCUUGACAAGUUGAGUCAUUUAAGUAAGCUUGGUAAUGGCAAUUGUAUCAUUGUUGUUCUCAAUAACCAAAUUCCAUUAAGUUAUACCCAGUGGUUUUACCGUACUUCUCCUUUGACCAUUCAUCACGAAUGCAACAUAUUCUUCUUCUUCAACAUUUAUUUGAUUUUGGACAAAAAAUUAUAAACAUAGGUCUGACAAAAUAUUGAUGUUGUUUAUGUUAAUGCAAAAGACUUGAAGAGGGGGUCUUGUCGUUUUGUGAUCAUUCUGUAAAAAAUACCUUUAGAUGACUUUGGUGGAUGGAAAGUAGUUUAGUGUAAACGCAAAUAUGGCUGAAUUUUAAAGUUGUACUGAAAUAUUAUUUUGACGAUUUCGUUUCUUUUUAAUCAUGUCUGGAGUUGAGGAUGAACAAAGUCGUUAUAACUAUCAAGAAACAUUGAUGUAUGGCAGUCAUACAGCCCAGGAAUUACAAGAUUAUGCUAAGAAUUUUGCUGCUGAAUUACGAAGUCAAACUUCUCAAGAUGAAACCGCACCAUUAGAACCAAAUGAUGAUCACUUUCACGCAUACAGUACCUCCAGAUGGGGGAUAAUUAGGAGACAAAUGAAACAAGUUUUUCUGUCAAUUGAAGAGAAAUUUGACAGUGAUUGGUUAUUUCUUCUUGUUCUGGGAAUUAUUGUUGCCCUCAUUAGUUUUGGUUUGGAUUACUCAAUAGAUAAAUGUCAACAAGCACAUUUCUGGAUGUAUUCUCAUGUCUCUGACAAUGUUUUCGUUCAGUAUUUGUUGUGGGUUUUCUUUCCUGUUUCACUGAUAUUUUUCUCUGUUGGUUUUACGCAUCUUGUUUCUCCACAUGCUAUCGGUUCUGGAAUACCAGAAAUGAAGACCAUUUUGCGUGGCACUGUUUUAAAACGUUAUCUCUCAAUACCAACAUUAAUUUCCAAAGUGAUUGGCUUAACAGCUUCUAUAGGAAGUGGCAUUCCCAUUGGAAAAGAGGGUCCAUUUGUUCAUAUUGCUUGUAUUGUUGCAAGGGCUCUGGGAAAAUUUGUUACUUCAUUUAAAGGAAUAUUUAUGAAUGAAUCACGUAAUACAGAGAUACUUGCUGCCGCAUGUGCUCUUGGUGUAUCAAGUUGUUUUGCAUCUCCAAUUGGAGGUGUCUUAUUCAGUAUUGAAGUAACUAGUACAUAUUUUGCCGUAAGAAAUUAUUGGAGAGGAUUCUUUGCUGCAGUUUGUGGUGCAUUUGUGUUUAGUCUUCUUUCUGUGUGGGACAAUGAAGAAGAAACAAUCACAGCUCUUUUUAAGACCAACUUCAGGAUUGAAUUUCCCUUUGAUACAGAAGAAUUUAUUGCUUUCUCUCUGAUUGGGGUUUUUUGUGGAUUUGGAGGAGCGUUGUUUGUGUAUACUCACAGGAAGAUUGUGGAUAUAAGGCGAGAUCAUAGGGAUAAUCCCGUUUCUCGUUUCCUUGAAAAAAGUCGUUUUCUUUAUCCCGUCAUAGUCACAUUACUUGUGUCAACUAUAAUGUUUCCACCAGGACCUGGACGUCUCAUUGCUGGAGAGUUAACUCAAAAACAAGCUAUAGAAGAACUCUUCUCCAACACAACAUGGUCAUUGGGAGAAAGUGAAGACUCCGAUGUUCCUGCAGCAACAUUAAAACAUUGGAAUGGAGCAUUUCAUAAUAUAUACGUUACUUUAGUUUUUUUCAUCGUUUUUAAAUUUGUUAUGACAGCUAUCGCAAUAACCUUACCUGUUCCUGCAGGAAUUUUCUUUCCCGUUUUUGUUAUCGGUGCUGCCUUUGGUCGACUUGUUGGUGAAGCCAUGGCCACCUGGUUCCCAGAUGGUAUCCAUGACAAAGGUCCUAAUGACGUUAUCAGUAAAAUAUUGCCUGGUGGAUAUGCUGUUGUAGGUGCUGCAGCCAUGUCAGGUGCUGUUACUCACACAAUAUCUGUCUCUGUCAUCGUUUUCGAGCUUACUGGGCAAAUUGCUCACAUACUUCCUGUCAUGGUUGCUGUAUUGAUUGCUAAUGGAAUUGCGCAAUGGCUGCAACCUUCGAUUUAUGAUAGUAUUAUUCAAAUCAAGAAACUUCCUUACCUUCCUGAAAUAACUAACUCAAGAUUGUAUAAAAUCACUGUUGCAAACAUUAUGAAAACUGAUUUAAAGUUCAUUACAAGAAGUUCUACUUAUGGCGAUCUUAAACAUGUACUUAAUGCAACAAAGUUAACAUCAUUUCCAUUAGUUGACAGCAAAGAAACCAUGACUCUUCUUGGUUCAAUACGUCGAACUCAACUUCAAAUGCUUCUGACGCGAUAUUUGAGUAGGGCAAAACAGGAGGCAAACAGUCGAGCUGAAAGUGAGGUUGGCUCAUCUCCUUCAUCUUCAUCAACAACUUUAUUGCUUGAACGCAGGCAAAAUGGGAGCGAGUUUGAUAACGAUGAGUCGUGUCAAAAUGAGACUGCAUUACAACCAUCCAGCAGUAAUACAUCAUUACUGGAAAGAAUUCCUGGUUCAUUGCAACUUCAACGUCUGUUCAACUCGAGUUCAACAUCUCUUGAUUCACAGACUCGUACGUCUAGUCCUAACUCUGCAAGAAAUAGUAUGUCGCAGGAACAGUUUUUACAAUGGGAAAAAGAAAUUCUCGAAAAAGAAGUUGACUAUGAUUUAUGUCAAAUUGAUGCUGCACCAUUUCAACUUGUGGAAAGAACAUCUUUACUGAAGGUGCACAAGUUGUUUGCGUUAUUAAAUCUUUCUCAUGCAUACGUGACUUCAUUGGGUCGUUUAGUCGGUGUUGUUGCACUUACUGAGAUCCGUCAAACCGUCGAGGGAAGUGAAAUGCUUUAUGAUGAUCAUCACGAUAGUGACUCGGGACCUUCAUAAGGAAGGAGUCAUGUGAAGAACCAUUUUUGGUUGAAAUGUACUCACGGAAAAUGUAGAAAGUCACGUGAACAAAACAUACUAAGAAUAGUUUUGCUUCGUGUUUAAACUGCGUACGUUAAAUAUAUACGGAGGAAAGUUUACAACGACAAAACAUACAGUUUAUAUGAUUUUUUUGAUAUUAUGAUCAGAUUCAUUGAGAUUACUGUGAAAAUUGCCGGAAAACGUUGUCAUUUAUUGACCAUGACGGAGAAUUUAGUUAAAAUUCUGACGACAUCAAGUUUGCUAUGCAGUGCCGUAAACGACACAAGUUUGGUCGUGCUAUUUAAAUUUCAGACAUUAUCAUUGCUUAUUUCGUUAGAAAUGUAUUUUUUACAGUGAUUGAACACAGAAACAUCUACAUAGCACAACCAAACUUGUGGAUUGGCUUUGCCACUUGUAUUAUCGUUACAUUUAGAUAGAUCUUUCGUAGAUUCUUGUCCUUUUCGUUUAACGAAAGGGAACUUAUACACAACGUGACAGUAGUAAUUUAUUCAUCAAUAAUUAGAAAAAAUAAAACGUUUCAUUUCAAUA